UUGUUUGGGAACCCUGGCUAUUCUUUUGGGCUGCUCCUCCCAGGUUCUAGAGUCAUCAUUACUUAUAGCCUAAUUGAGCUUGAAUUAAUGCCAGUCCGUCAGAGGUUACCACCAUGGUUAAAGGGUCUUUUAUCCGCUCCAACUCAGGUUCCAAAGCCUUGCCCUGGAGCAAUUGGAUUCUCGCCAUAGGACUCUUCUUGGGGUUCCUCUUCCCUCUUGUCGUUUCCGUCCAAGGAUAUUCUGAAGAAUAUGCUGAGCCGCAGAGCAUGGCCGUGAGGCAGUUCAUUGCUCAACAUCGGGCCAAUUAUUAUCCGGGUCUGUAUUCCUCAAGGGUGUCCGCCCCAUAUCUAAGAAGAAUCCCGCUCAUGGGCACCAAUAAAAGAUUUGAUGUGGGAGACGAUCCCAGGGUGACCAGGAAGCUUGUGGCCAGAAAUGAAGGAGGCGCCAAAUCGAACGAUCAUCAGAAACUUCUUGUGUAUCGGAUGUUUAAACGGGGAGGACAAGAUUCAGGCACUCCUUUGACUCAGGAGGAAAACGAAUUUCCCUUCUACCUAAACGCUGAAAAACAAGGAGAGACGUUGCUUUGAGUCAAAAAUCAGGGACUACCAAACGUUCAUCUCGGACUUUCAUCGAAACUCAUGUCUUUUUCUACUUCAUCCGGUUCAUUUUGAAGAUAUGCUACAUGCUCUGUGUCAUAAGUCUAGAACUAGUGGCUUGACGGCUUGGUGCGUGGUUGGGAUUGGGCACGUAGGGCGAGGAUCAUAGAGCCCUGUCAAUCUCGCCCGGGUGUCUGUUCCACGGCUUAUUUCAGGCUCUUACUCAGAUUUCGUUCCAAGUUUCACCUUCAACCUUAGUUCUUUAGUGUUUUCCUGCUCCGCCCUCUUCCAGUGUAUUUCAUUAUGUGUUUGCUGAUGGUUCUGUGCCCAAAUAUCCAUGUUUCACGUUGUUUCUUGAGGCUGGCUAGAAUAUUGUCGUCGCGUAUUCACUGAAAUAAAUAUGUUACGACAGAUGGAAAACGUCA